CUCAGGGAGACUGACUUUCAAAGAGGACGGCAGGCAAAUCAGACAUGUGUUGGAUGGAUCAAGCACGAGCCGUCGUCAUGUCAGUCAUCAAUGUCUGUCAUCAUGUUAUAAAGGCAGGCAGGCAGUGCCCAUGCAAUGCAAUCAAUACUCAUUCAUUCGGAAGACGACAAGCUUGGCGAACACACCAUGCAGACACCGACCACAUGGACACCACACCACACACCGACCACACCACACCACAUCGACACUACGUCUCAUCGAUUCAUUCCGUCACAGCUGUCUGUCACAUGAAUGUGGUGGCCACCAUUAGCCACACAAGCAUAGCAGUAAGUAAGGCAGGCAGGCGUGUAUCAAUCGAUCGUACGUAUCAACACGGAAGAAAGUCAUGUACACACGCAGUCAGCUCAUACCAUCCUACCACACCACACAUUAAUGGCCGUAGAUAGAUAGAUGCGCACACACACACACGCGCACACACACACGCACUCGCUCCACGACGAGACUCCGUCUGACUGAUUGCUUGGCUUGGCUUGCCUGCCGCCCAUCUGGCGAAUUGCUCUUUUCACACAUCCAAUCCAAUCACCCCACCCCAUGCAGCACUUCUUAACGCCAUUAUUGCGGCAUGCACAGCUGGAUGGAUGGAUGGACAUCACGGCUGGCCUCCUUGAGCUAUCUUUCUAUCCAUCAGGCUGAAAAAACGUCGGUCUGUGCAGAAUUCGAACGUGCGACGACAUCACGCGAGGGCUCCUUCUCUGUCACCGGCAAAGAACUCAUCGACACGUCAGAGGGCAGCGGCGCCCGGGCAAACGUCUCGCCAGUGCGACUCUUCCUCUGAAGAACACACACAGACAACACAACCAGCAUGGAGGGAUGCGGUCGCCGCCAUGCUGUGCUGUGUCCGCCGUACCCAGGAGCAGAUGAGCCAUCGAAUGACCCAGAAGGCGACGAAGGAGCCGACGGUGAGGAAGACGAGAGCUGUUCUGAUCGUGCAACCAUCUAUUGUCUCGCCCGUCGCUCCGUCAGCGUCGCCAUCAGACUGUGUGUCCGAUUCGUCAUCCUGGGCACCAAGCGCCCUGAGCAGACCUCUCUGGGCAGUCCUAGACAAGCUGUCGUCACCGGGCUGCAACCAAAGCACGAGAUCAGUGCACUGUACCUCCGCAUCUGUGUGUGAGUGUGUGAGUGUGUGACCGUGUGCCUACCAGCACUGGGAAGAGGUGACAGAGCAAGAGGAAGGUGAUCAUCAGGACGGCCAUGCCCGCCAAGAAGAAAUCAGCAACGUCGGACAUCUGCCGGUGCCAAGACGAAGACGCAGACGCCACCAUUCUGACUGUGAAGUGCACAAACAAGGGCGAGGCUGCCUCUGGAGAAGAGAGGGGAGAGAGGGGAGAGAGGGAGGUCUUGUCUCCCCUUGCGAUCCGCAGCCAGAGAGCACUGUUUGUGCUCCAGCUCUGCAGCUGGUAUCAGGUCGACGAGAGACGAUGGCAGACGCCUCAAGAGAGGCCAG